AAGAACUUCUGGCUGUUCAGGCCACAUAUUUGACCAUUAUCUUCUUUCACUCAAAUCACCUUUAAGCUCAUCCCCAGGUAGCUGCUCCCCUCAGGGAAUGAAGGGCAAUGGCUCCGACGAGUUCUUUCACUCCAUCAACCACGCAGAACAGACGUUCCGCAAGAUGGAGAGCUACCUCCAGCAGAAGCAGCUCUGUGAUGUGCUCCUCAUUGCCGGAGACCACAAAAUCCCAGCCCACAGGCUCGUUCUCAGUGCCGUGUCUGACUACUUUGCCGCAAUGUUCACCAAUGAUGUGCGUGAGGCCAAACAAAAAGAGAUCAAGAUGGAAGGCGUGGACCCUGAUGCUCUCAAGGCACUGGUGCACUAUGCCUAUACAGGUGUCUUAGAGCUGAAAGAAGAUACGAUCGAGAGCUUGCUGGCCGCAGCUUGCCUCCUGCAGCUGGCUCAAGUCAUCGACGUUUGCUGCAACUUUCUCAUGAAACAGCUGCAUCCCUCCAACUGCUUAGGAAUCCGCUCGUUUGCCGAUGCCCAGGGUUGCCUGGACCUUCUGAAAGUGGCACAUGCGUACACGAUGGAACACUUCAUAGAGGUAAUAAAGAACCAAGAAUUCCUCUUACUCCCAGCUAAUGAAAUCUCCAAGCUACUGUCUAGUGAUGACCUCAAUGUUCCAGAUGAAGAAACCAUAUUCCAGGCUCUAAUGCUAUGGGUGAGGCAUGCCUUACAAGAAAGACAGAGAGAUCUCAGCAUGCUGCUCUCUUUCAUCAGGCUACCAUUACUACCACCGCAGUUACUAGCUGACCUUGAAAAUAGUUCCAUGUUUGUGGAUGACCUGGAAUGUCAAAAACUUCUGAUGGAGGCCAUGAAGUACCACCUGUUACCAGAAAGACGAUCGACGAUGCAAAGUCCACGAACCAAGCCCAGAAAGUCUACAGUGGGGGCUCUGUACGCUGUGGGGGGCAUGGAUGCAACAAAAGGCACUACCACGCUGGAGAAAUACGACCUGAGGACGAACAGCUGGCUUCAGGUGGGGGCGCUGAGCGGGCGAAGGCUGCAGUUCGGCGUGGCCGUCAUCGACAACAAGCUGUACAUCGUGGGAGGCAGAGACGGCCUGAAAACCUCCAACACCGUGGAAUGCUUCAGCCCCGGAACCAAAGUCUGGUCCGUCAUGCCUCCCAUGUCCACCCACAGGCAUGGCUUGGGAGUAGCCAUGCUUGAAGGACCCAUGUACGCUGUUGGGGGCCACGACGGAUGGAGUUACCUCAACACCGUUGAGCGGUGGGACCCCCAGGCCCGACAGUGGAAUUACGUGGCCAGCAUGUCAACCCCCAGGAGCACCGUGGGCGUCGCGGCUCUGAACAGCAAAUUGUACGCCGUCGGCGGGCGAGACGGGAGCUCCUGCCUGAAGUCGAUGGAAUGCUUCGACCCUCACACCAACAAGUGGAGCACGUGUGCCGCCAUGUCCAAGCGGCGAGGAGGGGUGGGAGUGGCCACCUACAAUGGCUUUUUGUACGCCGUGGGGGGACACGACGCCCCAGCGUCCAACCACUGCUCCCGCCUGUCGGACUGCGUGGAGAGGUAUGACCCGAAAACAGACACCUGGACCACCGUGGCCCCGCUGAGAGUUCCCCGCGACGCCGUGGGCAUCUGCCAGCUCGGAGACAGGCUGUACGCGGUCGGAGGAUACGACGGGCAGUCGUAUUUGAACACGGUUGAGUCGUACGAUGCGCAGAAUAAUGAGUGGACGGAGGAGGUCCCCGUCAACAUUGGAAGGGCCGGAGCUUGUGUCGUCGUGGUCAAGUUGCCGUGACUGACACACAAAUACCCCGGACCGACGUUUCCAUGAAACAGGGGAAGAGGAAGGGGAGAGGUGGAUGCCUGGGCAGGAAUGGAGGGUGGAGGCCGUUCUUUUUAGCAGCUGAAACGUUCAGAUAGACGUCAGCUUGAGGGUGGACCAGAAACCCGAAUUUGUCUGUCUUCUUGAAAAGAAGCAUUUUCAAGAUUUCAAUUGGAUACAAACUUUAGGAGGACUCUGGGUUUACCAGUUAAUAUUCAGGAAGAUGAGGAUGUUUUCAACCGGGCACUGAGGACCCAUUUUAAGAGUUAUUCAUAAAAAGCAAUAAGGGCCAGGAGGAGCGGACAGCAGAUACACCAGGAAACGCACAGUCAUCCCAAAUUUGUGAUGGUUUUAACUGAACUUAAAUGAAUAAAUAAAUGAAGAGUUGAACUAAAAUGAGCUUCAGACCGUCCAAGAAAACCAGUCAGGGUUGAAGUUGAACUAGCUUUCAAUUGAGGGAAUAUCAUAUUAUUUCAGGAAAUUGCUACUCUUCUAUUACGACCCUGAUACGAAAUCAUAAGGACAUGCAUAACAUUUUAUUUUCUGAAUCCACCUUUUUUCAGUUAAGAGGCUUUGAUGAUUUGCCAUAACAAGCCCCCCUCAGAAAUGUUUGUUUUCUCAGUUUGGGUGGUUUUAUCCUGAAAAACUUGUUGAGUUCUGGAAUUUCAAUAAGUUUUGCAUAAAAUCUCCAUUGCUUAAGACAAUUUACCGAUCUACUAGUUUCCCAUGACUUGGAUUUCUACACCUCAUAUCUAUUGAGAGAAGAAAGGUCUCAACCAGAGACCAUCUAAAGAAACUGGUGACCACCUUAAUCAGUUAUUGUGCUGAUGACAGUGUUUCACAUUGAUUACAUUGACUACUUUCCUUCAUCCCUCUGGCCGGACACCCUGAGCAUGCUGUAGCUUCAGUUUAAGUUGGAUGAAGAAUCCCCAUCACUGGGAAGAUGUUCAUGUAAAUUCAGCCAUUAAGCACAACGAACGAAAGAGGAAAUACAGUAUUUAUCAUAUUGAUACAAACUGUGAUUUUAGCUGGAGAGCCAACCGCUCCCCACGGCAGCCGACAUCUUUACCAACCACCCUUGUCCGCUCACUUCUUCGAGAACCCGAGGACUGUGUGUGCUUUGAAGCCUCGUGUUAUGGAAAACCGUUUCCAUCCUGUCGAACGCUCCAAUGCCACGGACCUCGGAGGAACCAUUUCUUCGUAAACACGUCCCCCCACAAGCCCAGAAUGGUCUGGCAUCAUCGGACAAGCUUUCGUUGAUUCUCUGGCAGUGGUCUGUCUAAAAUGCGGAGGGAAGACUCACCCUGGGCAAGACCUGAAUGGAUUCUAUCACUGUCAGCCACCCUGCUAACCUGUCUUUGGAAGUCAGAGGAUUGACAGUGAAAAUCCUUUUUCCGCAAGGUUGAAACACCAUGGCCUAGUGGAUAGAGCACUGCCCUGGGAGUUAGAAGGACCUGGGUUCUUAUUCCAG